AUGCCAAGAAAUCCUCUUACCAGUAGCAGUCGAUCUCGGCAUGCAAGUACCAGGUCUGCAAGUACUAGGUCUGAGAGUACUACUCCAAGUGCAGCUAAUUGGCCGACGGAUUUGCUCAAUUCACAAGGGUCCCCAUCAACUGAUGUUGGUCACAUUCCUGCAAGUCCAAGUGAAGGGAGUCGUCAUCGUGUGUCUUCGUCAGAUGGCGAUCAUUCUCCGAGCCAUGGUAACGGGAAUCAGGCUGUAGGAGAUGGAUGGCAUGAGGCUUUUCAUCAAGCAAAUAAUGAAGCUGAAAAUACGGAGGAAAGCGGGAUUAAUGAUGAUCAUCUAUUGGAGAUCAAUUUCAAUUCUAUGGGACAACCAAUAGAAGAAGGUUCUAAGAAAUAUGCUACCAGGGUUGGAACAAUAGCCAGGAAUGUUGUCCCACCACAUCACGAAGAUUGGAGAGAUGUUCCUUGGGUUCUUAAGGAAGAAAUCUGGAGAUCCAACAAGAAUGAAUACAGGGUACCUGAAAUCAUCAAAUCCAAGGCUCUAAGGAUGGCAAACAAAUCAUGGAAGAACAAAAUGACUACCCUAAGAAAAUGA